AUGUCUGGUUAUGCAAAAAUGAUGAAGGACUUGAUGCCUCGUAAGUUUGAAUUUCAAGACUUGGCCACGGUUACAUUGACUCAGACAUGUAGUGUUGUUGUGACGAGACCCAUACCUGAGAAGUUGUCUGACCCAGGAAGUUUCAUAAUCCCAUGCACAAUAGGCAACUAUGCAUUUGUUAAGGCACUUUGUGAUUUAGGGGCAAGCAUAAACCUGAUGCCCCUGGCUAUCUACAAAAGGUUCGGCAUUGGAAGAGUUAGACCCACGUCCAUGUUACUACAGCUGGCUGACCGGACAGUAAAGAGGCCCUCUGGUAUUCGUGAUUAUGUAUUAGUACAUGUUGGGAAGUUUGUGUUCCUAGCAAAUUUAGUCAUUCUUGACUGUCGGGUUGAUGAGGAAAUUUUCAUAAUUUUGGAAAGACCAUUCUUGGGCACUAGGAGAGCUUAA